GAGAUUCCAGGAUAAAAAUCUAUCUCUGGUACUAAAUUUCUUUUUAAUUUCACCUAAUUUCGAGUUCAUUUCGCCUCUUCGUCUAAAACCUGCAAAAAUACGGUCUCAGGUCCCACCCUUAAAACCUUCUUAGAGCUUCGCUUCGUUUAACUUCGAUCAGAUGACCCCGUGAGAAAUCUCCGAACAAUUUUCAAGUUUCGUCCUUGUUACGGUGUUACGGAAAUGGCGCAGAAGCUCCAGCAGCAGCUGAAGGAUGUCGGAUCUAAGCUGGAAAGCCCUCCGUCUUCGAAAGAUGCUAUAGUUAAGCUAUUGAAGCAAGCCGCUAGUUUUCUUUCUGAGUUGGAUCAAUCACCAUUGCCGCCAAUGUUGGAGUCAAUGCAGCCUUGUCUUAAUGCAAUUGUCAAGCCUGAAUUGCUGAAGCAUCAAGAUAGAGAUGUCAAACUUCUAGUGGCAACCUGUAUUUGUGAGAUUACUCGAAUUACUGCACCUGAGGCUCCCUAUAGUGAUGAUGUUCUAAGGGACAUCUUCAACUUGAUUGUUGGAACUUUUAGUGGAUUGGGUGACAUUAAUGGUCCAUCGUUUGGGAGGAGAGUCGUCAUCUUGGAGACUCUUGCGAGAUAUCGGUCAUGUGUUGUCAUGUUGGAUCUUGAAUGUGAUGACUUAGUGAAUGAAAUGUUCAGUACGUUUUUUGCUGUUGCCAGUGAUGACCAUCCAGAAAGUGUGCUAACAUCAAUGCAGAAAAUCAUGGUACUUCUGAUAGAAGAGAGUGAGGAUGUUCAGGAGAAUUUGUUACUAGAUUUGUUAUCAGUUUUAGGCCGGGAAAAAAGUGAUGUUUCUAUGGCUGCACGGAGGCUUGCUAUGAAUGUUAUAGAACAUUGUGCAGGAAAACUUGAACCUGGCAUAAAGCAGUUUCUUAUAUCAUCAAUGUCAGGAGAUAAGAGUUCUAUGAGUAGUCAACUUGACUAUCAUGAAGUUGUCUAUGAUCUUUAUCACUGCGCUCCUCAGAUCCUCUCUGGAAUAAUCCCAUACCUUACAGGAGAACUAUUGACAGAUCAGGCUGAUACUCGUCUCAAGGCAGUGAGGUUACUUGGAGACCUUUUUGCUUUACCAGGUUCUGUUAUCACUGAAGCAUUUCAGCCACUAUUUUCUGAAUUUCUUAAAAGGUUGACUGAUAGAGUACUAGAGGUUCGAAUAUCUGUAAUUGGACAUGUUAAAAGCUGUUUGCUGUCGGAUCCUUUCAGACCUGAAGCUCCUCAAAUCAUAGCUGCCCUUUCCGACCGGCUGUUAGAUUAUGAUGAAAGUGUUCGGAAGCAAGUUGUUGCUGCAGUUUGUGAUGUGGCUUGUCAUACCUUGAAUUCUAUUCCAGUUGAAACUACAAGACUUGUUGCAGAGCGCCUUCGGGACAAAUCUAUUCUUGUUAAAAGAUAUGCAAUGGAGAGGCUAGCUGAAAUUUACAGAUUAUACUGCUUGAAGUAUUCUGAUGGUUCAAGCAACUCCAAUGAAUAUGAUUGGCUUCCUGGGAAGAUAUUGAAAUGUUUCUUUGACAAAGAUUUCAGAUCAGAGACAAUUGAGGUCAUUCUAUGUGGGUCUCUAUUUCCUGCUGAGUUCUCUAUUGAAAAUAAGGUGAGGCAUUGGGUUAGAAUAUUCUCAGGGUUCGACAAAGUUGAGGUAAAGGCACUUGAGAGGAUACUGGAGCAGAAGCAAAGGUUACAGCAAGAAAUGCAGAAGUAUCUAUCCCUUAGACAAACGUGUCAGGAUACUGAUACCACUGAGUUUCAAAAGAAGAUUUUCAUUUGCUUUAGGAUCAUGUCCCGCUGGUUUAGUGACCAUGCAAAGGCCGAGGAGAGUUUCCAAAUUCUUGAUCAGCUAAAAGAUGCCAAUAUUUGGAAGAUAUUGACGACUCUACUCGAUCCCAGCACUAGUUUUCAGCAAGCUUGGAUGUGGCGGGAUGAUUUGCUUAGGAUCCUUGGUGAAAAACACAGACUUCAUGAUUUUCUGAGUGCUCUAUCAGUGAAGUGUUCUCAUUUACUAUUCAACAAGGAGCAUGUGAAAGAAAUUCUUUUGGAGGCUUCCAGACAAAAUUCUGCUGAAAAUGCUCAAUAUAUUCUUUCAUGCAUGAAUCUACUAGUGAUUCUUGCACGUUUCUCUCCUUCCUUAUUGGCUGGUACUGAAGAAGAUCUGCUACACCUUCUUAAAGAUGACAAUGAAGUGAUUAAAGAAGGUGUUUUGCAUGUUCUGGCUAGGGCUGGUGGAACAAUUCGAGAACAAUUGGCUUCCACUUCCAGUUCAGUGGAUCUUAUAUUGGAGAGGCUAUGUCUGGAGGGUAGUCGGAAGCAGGCUAAGUAUGCGGUACAUGCUUUAGCAGCAAUAACAAAGGAUGAUGGGCUCAUGUCACUAUCUGUUCUAUACAAGAGGCUUGUUGAUAUGUUGGACGGGAAAACGCAUUUGCCUGCUGUCCUACAAUCUUUGGGCUGUAUAGCGCAGACUGCAAUGCCUGUUUUUGAAACCAGAGAGAGUGAAAUUGUAGAGUUUAUAACAAGCAAAAUCCUGGAGCGCAGUGAUAAAGCUGACGAUAAUACUAGAGCCUGCUGGGAAGAUCAAAGUGAACUUUGUUCUUUGAAGAUCUUUGGCUUAAAAACGCUGGUGAAGCGCUACUUGCCUGUAAAAGAUGCUCAUUUGCAUCCUGGGAUUGAGAACCUUGUUGGAAUUCUUAGAAACAUUCUUUCUUUCGGAGAGAUUUCAAAAGAUAUAAUAUCCAGUCCUGUUGAUAAGGCUCAUAUGAGGCUUGCUUCAGCAAAAGCAGUCCUGCGUUUAUCAAAGAACUGGGAUAAUAAGAUACCAAUUGAUGUCUUUCACUUGACCUUAAGAACAUCGGAGGAUACUUACCCCCACGUGAAGAAACUAUUCCUUGGCAAAGUACAUCAAUAUAUAAAAGAUCGGCUUCUGGAUGCAAAGUAUGCUUGUGCCUUUGUCUUUAACAUAUUUGGUUCCCAAUCACCAGAAUUUAAAGAGGAUAAGCACAACCUUGUUGAAAUUAUUCAGAUGUGUCACCAAGCAAGAGCACGGCAAUUGUUUAUGUAUUGUGAUGGAAACCCUCUGAUGGUUUAUCCUGAAUACAUUCUCCCAUUUUUGGUCCAUGUCCUUGCACAUCAUUCAUGUCCUGACAUUGAUGACUGCAAGGAUGUUAAAGCAUUUGAGCCAAUAUACAGGCAAUUGUAUUUAUUUCUUUCAUUGCUGCUACAUGGAGAUGAAGACAAGAAGUCAGGGGUUAGUACUGGCAAAGACGAGGAGUGUGUUGGUACAAUAAUCUCCAUCUUCCAUACUAUCAAAUUUUCACAAGAUACAGUUGACUUAACGAAGACAAAGCAUUCUCAUGCAAUUUGUGACCUUGGACUGUCAAUCACUAAGCGUUUAGUGCAAAAGAAGGAUGAGAUGAUGGGGUCAAUAACAUCAGUUCCACUGCCUCCAUCGCUAUAUAAACCACAAGAAAAGAAAGAAGGUGUUGAGUCUUUGGUCAAUGAGGGGAAAACAUGGUUGGCUAAUGAUGAUGUCAUGGCACAUUUUGAGUCUCUUAAGUUGGAAGCUAAUGGAUUGGUCCAUUCUGAGGUUCUUGAGGAUGAGAAGGUUCUGAAGGCUACUGAUAGAGAUGAGAAUGAAGUGCCACUUGGGAAGAUGAUGAAACGUUUGAUUUCUCAACGAACCAAGGCAAGGAAAGUGGUGAAAAAUAAAGCUUUACCAGCUGAAAGAAAAAACAAAGAAACUGAUAUUGAUAUCUUAGGAAUGGUGAGGGAAAUAAAUGUUGAAAAUCUUGAAAAAUCCAAGAACUUGGACUCGAGGAAUGGUCAUGGAUGUCUUCUAGGUGAAGAAACAGAAGAUGAUCAAAGCAUGGGAGAGAGAGUUCCAAUAUCUCGGAAAAGAAAGAGAAGAAAAAGGAAUGACACAACAUCCAUUGCAGUACCUAAACGCAGGAGGUCAUCAUCUCAGGGCAUUAAAAAAAAUUCUGUGUCAAGGAGCUCCUUAAAGAGUUUGGGAAAUGCUUCUGCAGACAAUUCACAUCGGACAGAAAUAUCCUCUUUGCAGCCUACUAAAAUGGAUGUUGACACGGACUCUGAUUCAGAAGAUAAAAUUACUUCAGAGAAGGAAAUGGCUGAACCCACUGGUUCAGACUUGUUGGCAUCAUGCUUGCCUACAAAGAAAAGCUCCUCAUCAAAACGUAAAGGCACCAGUCGUCAUUUGGAUGAUGCCGCACAUAUGGUUGACAAAGCUAAUGAACAUGAGCUGAAGAAGCUCGAUGUGUUGGUGAAGACUGAUAAGAACAGUUCCAUAGAUAAUGCCAAAUCCUCUGUGGGAAAUAUCAGGAAGCGGAAAAGAAGAAGUAUAGCAGGAUUGGCAAAGUGUUCUUUGAAGGGAAGCGAUAAUCACAGAACAGACCUGAUUGGGUGCAGAAUUAAAGUCUGGUGGCCACUGGAUAAGCAGUUUUAUGAAGGUGUGAUACAAUCUUAUGAUCCAAGAAAGGGAAAACAUGCGAUAUUAUAUGACGAUGGAGAUGUGGAAGUACUUAAUUUAGAGAAGGAACAAUGGGAGCUCAUUCGUGAUACUCCCAACCCUACAGAGCGGUUAAAAUCACCAAAAAUAUCCCCCUCUAAAGGAGUCUCUAAAGGGGUGUCACCGCAGCAGAAACAGAACAAAAGGACUUCAGGCAGAUCAAGAUGGAAUAAGAAAUCCAAUAAGAAACAGAAAAGAACACUGAAGAAAACCGUGGGGCAUAGACAAAAUCAUAUAUCAGAAAGUAAAAGUGAUGCUGACACAGAAGUUGAGAGUGGAAGUGCUUCUCACUCAAGUCCCAAGCACACCAUAACUGUAAAACAAAAUGGAGUGAACGCAGAGAAACGGGUAGAUAAAACAAAAAGGAGCCUGGCAGAAGAAUCAUGUGCGGAGAAACCAUUUUCUAAAGAUGAAGUUGAGAUGUGCGCAACAGGUACAGAGGAAUCCGACGAAGAAGAGAAGCCAGAGUCUGAGGGGGAGCGGGUGCAGUAUUCAGCUAAGAACACAUCAAAUGCACAGGGUGGCAACGAAGAAUCAGAAUCAGAUUCUGAAGAACAGGUGGAAGCUGCAGAGAGUAGCCCAUCUGAUGAGGAGGAAUCCAAUAAAGAAGAGCAAUCAGAUUCCAAAGGAAGUGCAUUCGACAAGAAUGAGAAAUCAGAUCCUUCUGAAUCUGGAGACGCUGGAGAUUCGGAUAAUUCUGACAAUGAACCCCUUAGCACAUGGAAGCAUCGGGGAAGGAAAGGAGUAUAAAUCCAGUUUAAGAUACAAGCAGUGGCAUCAUCAGAAGUUCGAGGUUGUUGCCAAUGCCUAAAUGAGGAUCAAGAGAUGUAUCACUGAACUUUUCUAAUUAAGCAGGGAUACUUUAUAAACAGUGCUAAUCAUUCCUCUCAUUGGGGGCUCAUGUGCUAUGCAUAGUAUUUUUGCCAUCUACAUUCAUGUAACAUUGUUCCAGUUCCAGCUGUCCUAUGUAUUAACCUGUGUUAGGCACUUAGGAUUAUUGCAUGUUUAUAAUACCUGGGGUCCUGGAUUGUAGCCCAUCCAAUAAACAGGCUACUAUUGAUGGAGCUGAUGGGCAACAUGUACAGUAAUCAUGCUAUGUAUUCAACUAACCUUCUGUAAGUGUAUUAUCUUAAACUUCACCCUUCUGUACUCUUUUUGCUAGCUU